CAUCUCGCCUGUAGACCUCGCGCUGAAAACUUCAGCUACGUCGCCCCGACGGUAUGGGGAAGCGUAAAUCACCAUAAAACUUUCCCGCGUCGCGCGAACCGUUCAAAAACAAUACGAGAAAAAAAACAUUUAUUAAAAAAAAAACUUUGGACUUUCUGUUAUAAUUUUAUUUAUUUACAAAGUUGACUUUUAAAAAGUGAGUCGAUGCGGAUCUCGCCGGUUAGCCGGUUACAUAUGAAUAAGUGCGAACAGUUUUAAGUGUGGGUGUGUUCAUUUGUUUUGUUUUACUUUCCUUGCUAGCCAGUGGUGGCGGUGACCGGUGGGGCCGCGCUGGUGGUACGAAGGAAUCGAUACUUCAGCGGGAGCGGCAAGUCGAGUUGGUGUUGAGGCGUUACGUUGUUGGAAAGCAGUUAAAGUGAUCUUCAAAAAGCAGAGAAAAGGAAAAGGCCACCUGCGGGCCACUUACAUCGAAGUCAUCCAGUCAUUGACACGAAUCAACGUUGCUUAAAAAAAGCAGCACUAUCGCAGCUAUACCACAAAUAAUAAGAUACCUACUGUCAAUAAUGUUGUUGUGGAGACCAAAUGCAGCGCGGGCUGGUUAAAAGUAUCUCCACAUGUCGACAACAAUCUGCAGUCAGCAGAAAGAUGUCCUAAUAUGGGUUGGUCAUGCGUGGUGGCACGCGCCGUGGCAGUCCUCCUCAUGCUCAACAGAGUAUCAGCGCUUACGUCCGACAUUUUUGCAGCGGGCAAGUCGGACAAAGAGAUACUGGACAAUCUUCUAAAAAACUCCCGCUAUGACAAAAGACUGCUUCCUCCUGUAGAUGAUCCAGAAUUUUGUUGUGGUCUGACUUCGCCGAACGACACUGACAACCAAAAUAAUAUUGGACUACCCUCGCUUCGGCCUCGAUCGCACAAUCGUGGUGUGCUCACCGUGAAUGUUAGCGUGCUACUUCUUAGUUUAGCAUCUCCGGAUGAAUCUAGCCUAAAAUACGAAGUCGAAUUUCUUCUACAGCAACAAUGGUAUGAUCCCCGACUACGGUAUUCAAAUCAGUCGCAUUACGACUUCCUUAAUGCUAUCCAUCACCACGAGGAUAUUUGGCUACCUGACACCUAUUUUAUCAUGCACGGAGAUUUUAAAGACCCCAUAAUACCGAUGCACUUUGCCUUGCGUAUAUAUCGGAACGGCACUAUCAACUACUUGAUGCGGCGUCACCUCAUUUUGUCGUGUCAGGGGAGCCUCAACAUAUUUCCAUUUGAUGACCCAUUGUGUUCAUUUGCAUUAGAAAGUAUAUCAUACGAACAAUCGGCGAUUACUUAUGUAUGGAAAAACGAUGAAGACACAUUGAGGAAGUCACCGUCAUUAACGACGCUAAAUGCUUACCUGAUACAGAACCAAACCAUUCCUUGUCCGAUCAAAGCGAGCUGGAGAGCUGAUGGUAUAACACUUUACGAAGACGAUGAAGAGCUGACAUGUAAUCUUUGCCAGAGACGAUUUGAGGAGCAAGGUAAUUACAGCUGUCUCGAAGUGGAUCUAAUCUUCACGAGAGAUAGAUCAUUUUACUUCACUACUGUUUUCAUUCCGGGCAUCAUUUUGGUGACAUCAUCUUUUAUCACAUUUUGGCUGGAAUGGAAUGCAGUACCUGCUAGAGUUAUGAUAGGUGUAACAACUAUGUUGAAUUUCUUUACAACGUCCAAUGGUUUCCGAUCUACUCUACCAGUGGUGUCGAAUUUGACGGCAAUGAACGUAUGGGACGGAGUUUGCAUGUGUUUUAUCUACGCGUCCCUUCUAGAAUUUGUCUGCGUCAAUUACGUGGGUCGGAAGAGACCACUACACAAUGUGGUGUACAGGCCAGGCGAGAAUCCCGUUACACAGCGACUGCCCGCAGUUCUGAGCAGAAUUGGCAUUAUACUGGCCAGCCCUUUGGAGGCGAUGGCAUUCCUCCAUUGGGCAAAAUCUGAAACGCCCCAACCGGAGCCUAGCGGUGCUGGUGAUAAAAAGAGAGAGUCAACUACGGCAGCAGAUCUGGUGACGUGUACAGCGUGUACUGGUGCGCCCGGAUCUUGCACACAUACGGCCAACAAUGGCGGAGUUUCUGAGCCAUGUUUCGUUCAGGUCCGUAAAAAGGAGCCUCCGCAUCCAAUUCGUGUGGCGAAGACGAUCGACGUGAUAGCUCGCUUUACCUUUCCCACUGCGUACGCCGUGUUUCUCAUCUUCUUCUUCAUACACUACAAGGCCUUCUCUUAAUGCUGCAUCCACACACCAGCUGUAUUUUGUAUAUCGUAUUACCCAGCUAUCACAUUGGUAAAAAGAAAACACAAGGAUCUGAAAAAUAAUUUUGAAAAAUUUGAUUUCAAACACAGCAACAAUUGAUCGUAUUUAUUCAGUGUAGAAGUUGUAUAUAAGCUAAAUAUAUAAUAUUUAUACCAAAGAGGGAUAAGUAAGGGCAGAAGACUCAUUAUUUUUAAGAAACAUCUAAAGACAUAACUAAUGAGUCAAUAUUUAUAUCUGUUUUUUGAAGAUUUGAAAUAGGUUACAAUGGACCAGCUACGGUAUUUGGAUGAAGAUUUUGAAAGUGGAAAUCUUAAGAUAAGUUAAAGUGGGAACAAUGAAAGAUGUGGUCGCGAGUUUUCUGUUGUCCGUAUAGUACGAGAAAUCUAUUUCAAACCUUAGACAAGACAGUCCAUUGUAGUUAAUUGUUUAUUAUAAGAUGGUUUAAGAUGUAGAUUUUAUAUAUGAUUAAGAUAUGAUAUUAGUUCACAUAAGAUAUAACGUAUAAAUAUUAACACACAUCCACAUCCACAUCUGUUGUGAUACCUCCAAAAUGUUGAAGUACCUAUAUCGCUUUUAGAAGUUUGUAUGUUACCCUUGCUGUUCAUAUAAUUUUAAAUGUGAGUCAAAUGUCACCAAAGAAUUAAGUAGAUUUAUAGAAUAAAGCUCAAAUAGAUAUUUUUAGUGUUAGUCAAUACUGCACUUUGUUUAAGCUUUCACAAAAUAGAUGUUUAUUAUUUAAUUCCUUUGUAUAAAACCAUGAACAUGCCUUCUAUUUCUUCUCCAACUCAUUGCAAGAUAUUAAUUGUAUAUACCACACGAAAACCUACCAAUACGUAACAUAUUAUUUAAACUAAUUAUAUUAGCUGUCUAACUAAUGUGAAUAGUAAUUCGAAAACUAUCAUGAAUAUAGUAUUUUGUGUUAUUUUAAAGUUGUGCAAUGUUUUGAUUGUGUAAAAUGCAAAGGCGUUAUAAGCUCAAAUGCUUAUAGUAAUAUUUAAAAUAAAAAUAGAUUUAAGCGCGCCUUAAAUUUUAUAAGAGUGAGUAGGUACACACUACACAUAAAUAAAAUUAAUGAAUACAGUAUUAUAAAUGUAUCUAGUUAUUACCUAAAUAGUACGGUAUCGGCACAUUUCUCGCUAUCUUUCAGUUCUACUAGAUUUAGUUUAU